GUGCUUGUAAAACAAAGUGCAGUUCGCUUUUCUUCACGAGACCUCCUGUGUAGUUUUUCACGAAUUACUCCUUUUUCCCAGUAAUUAACAGAGUAUUUUCAUACAACAUGCAACCUCAGAUUGUUCUGCUGAAGGAGGGCACUGAUACGUCUCAGGGAAAGCCUCAACUGAUCUCCAACAUCAAUGCCUGCCAGGCAGUCGUGGACGCCGUCCGCACGACACUGGGUCCUCGUGGGAUGGACAAGCUGAUCGUGAACGGGGGAAAAGCGACCAUUUCCAAUGAUGGAGCCACCAUCAUGAAGCUCCUGGACAUUGUGCACCCGGCCGCACGCACGCUAGUGGACAUCGCCAAGUCUCAGGAUGCCGAGGUGGGAGACGGAACCACGAGUGUGGUUCUCCUGGCGGGAGAGUUCCUGAAGCAGGUGAAGCCCUUCGUGGAGGAGGGCGUCCACCCGCGCAUCAUCAUCAAGGCGGUGAGGAAGGCAUUGCAGCUGUGCGUGGACAAGAUCGGGGAGUUGGCAGUGAAGAUUGAGAAGAGCAACGAAGUUGAGCAUCGCGCCUUGUUGACCAAGUGCGCCGCCACAGCGAUGAGCUCCAAGUUGAUCCACCAGCAGAAGGAUUUCUUCUCCAACAUGGUGGUGGACGCUGUCCUGCAGCUGGAUGAGCUACUCCCGUUGGACAUGAUUGGCAUCAAAAAGGUGUCUGGAGGGGCGCUAGAGGAUUCACUGCUGGUGGCUGGUGUGGCCUUCAAAAAGACUUUCUCGUACGCCGGCUUCGAGAUGCAGCCCAAAUCGUACAAGAACUGCAAGAUAGCUCUGCUGAACAUUGAGCUCGAGCUGAAGGCAGAGCGCACAAAUGCUGAGAUUCGCGUGGAUAACGUCCAGGAGUACCAGAAGAUCGUGGAUGCCGAGUGGCAGAUCCUGUACGACAAACUGGCUAAAAUUCACGCCUCCGGAGCCAAUGUGGUGCUCUCAAAGUUACCUAUUGGCGACGUGGCCACGCAGUAUUUCGCAGAUCGGGAUAUGUUCUGUGCAGGACGCGUUCCCGACGAGGAUCUUCGUCGUACGAUGAAGGCAUGCGGUGGAGCUGUCUUGUCUACAGUCCAGGACUUGACUGGAGCCAAUCUGGGCACGUGCGAUCACUUUGAGGAGCGUCAGAUUGGUGGUGAGCGCUUCAAUCUGUUCCAGGGUUGUCCCAACGCAAGGACUUGCACGUUGAUUCUCAGAGGAGGAGCUGAGCAGUUUCUGGAGGAAACCGAGAGAUCCCUCCAUGACGCUAUUAUGAUCGUCAGGCGUACCAUCAAGAAUGACGCUGUCGUGGCUGGCGGAGGUGCUAUUGAGAUGGAGCUGUCGAAGAUGCUGAGAGACUAUUCGCGCACCAUCGCUGGAAAGGAGCAGCUCCUUAUCGGAGCUAUUGCGAAGGCAUUGGAAGUGAUUCCCAGGCAAUUGUGCGACAAUGCUGGCUUUGAUGCCACGAACAUUCUUAACAAGUUGCGCCAGAAACACGCUCAAGGUCAUUGCUGGUAUGGCGUGGACAUCAUGAAGGAACACAUUGCGGACAAUUUCGAGGCUUGCGUGUGGGAGCCGUCGAUUGUGAAGGUGAACGCCCUGACGGCGGCCUGCGAGGCUGCCACGAUGAUCCUGUCCGUGGACGAGACGAUCAAGAGUCCCAAAUCUCAGGCGGAGGCGCCUCAGGCGGGCGGAAUGCCGAUGGGCAGAGGAAUGGGGCGACCCAUGAUGUAACUCAUCCGCAGAAUAGCUUCUCAUGCGCUUCUUUCCACGUGAAUACACACCAUUUCUUCGCAUAGAUCCACACCACUUAUAAUUGUCUCUUGGAAAAGUAACAUCUUGUCUUGCGUUUUACACAGAAUAAAACAAUUAACAGGAA